CUUGAUACAAGACGCCCGAGUUCCCGUCGUAAAUGAAUGGCGCAGUGCGUCGCUUUUCUUCUUCCGCCAAUCACGCGGCGCGUUGACCCAAAUAACGCGAGUCCUUUGAGCAUUUGGAGAGCAAACCUGCACGGAGCGGUGAGAGAAACAGUCUGGGAAUUUCUAUAUGAUAAAUUAUGCAAAUAUACAACUCGGCAUUAUGGGUAUAGCAACAUGAAAGAUGAUUGAAGAACAAAGCGUAACAACACAGAGGCUGUCGAAUGUCUGCUGCUCUUCUGAAUUACCGUUAGGUAAAUGUGAAUCUCCUCAAAUGUCCCAAGCGGACAGCGAGGUUUGAAGCCGCCACCGAGUGGUGUAUCUGUUAUUGUGAGCCGAGGAGUUUGCAGAGCCGGGCUUCUGUUACAUUGAGCUUUUGAAUCCCCUGCGGAGCUGUCGAAAAGGAGUCGGAGUGACCAGAAUGGCCAAUAUAGCAGUGCAACGAAUUAAACGUGAAUUUAAAGAAGUCCUCAAGAGCGAGGAGAUAAGCCGAAAUCAAAUCAAGGUCGAUCUCGUGGACGGAAAUUUCACCGAACUGAGAGGAGAAAUCGCAGGACCUCCGGACACGCCAUACGAAGGAGGGAGGUACCAAUUGGAAAUCAAAAUCCCCGAGCCGUAUCCGUUCAGCCCUCCAAAAGUUCGGUUUAUUACUAAAAUUUGGCAUCCCAAUAUCAGCUCAGUGACCGGCGCGAUUUGCUUGGAUAUUCUCAAGGAUCAGUGGGCAGCCGCCAUGACCCUCCGGACGGUGUUGCUAUCGUUGCAAGCGCUGCUGGCGGCUGCGGAACCGGACGACCCUCAGGAUGCGGUGGUGGCUAAUCAGCUGAAGCAGGACCCGGAGAUGUUCAAGCAGACGGCCCGCCUCUGGGCACACGUGUACGCCGGUGCACCCCCCUCGAGUCCCAAGUACACUAAGGACAUCGAAAAGCUCUGCGGGAUGGGCUUCGACAGAAACGCCGUCAUCGCUGCCCUCUCGUCCAAGUCCUGGGAUGUGGAAUCGGCCACCGAGCUGCUUCUAAUGAACUGAGGAGCGACACGUUUUGACUGGACAACAAGCAUCACAUUUUUUUGGUUCCUUACAAAUGCUCUCCUGUUCCCAUUUAAUGUUGUUGUUUUUCUGAAUAUGAAAAAUGUGCUGUUGUAAAAACGAUCGGUUGAGAAGUGAGCGCUUGGGUGUCUUCUAUAAAGCAUUAACGGACAGGACUCAAAGUUCGGCUCAGUUUUUCUUAACGGGCAGUUGGAAAAUAUUUUGUUGCGGUGGAGAUCCAUUAUGUAUGACCUUUUAGAACAAUUGAUUUGGCUCUGUAAGCACAAGAGAAUUGGUCAUCAAAAAUUUGAAAGAAACUACAAGACUGCAGAUUGACUGGGCUGAACCUGCAAGACGAACCCCGCUUGUCUUGCGUCAUCUGAAUCGACAUUGAGACUGCCGUUAGCUUAGAAUGUAAAGGAGAGGGGGUGUCCAGCUCCGAUCGUGGAGGGCUGCACUGGCUGCAGAUUUUCAUUCCACCAACCCUGUUAAUUAUUGGCCAAUUACUAUUGAUAAUGAAAUGAAUCCUUUAUGAUACUAAUUUUAACUGACUUGCCUUUCAAGACUUAAUUGUUUUUUCCUUAAUCAGAAUUCAAACCAUAAUGGUAUGCAAAGCGGGCCAACCUGCUUAGAUUUGCAUCUGUGCGUUUAUCAGGUGAACGUCUGGGAAAUAUCGAACUGUUUUGGCCUUUGAAUCUUUUAGAUGGUGCCGUCAGAAAAAAAAAAAAAAAAGAUAAGAAAAUGUCUGAUCUGGCAGAAUAUGAGCAACAACAAGCCAUGCAAUUGAAUAACUGGUUUGACUAGCAAGGAGAACUAUAGCUUUUAAUUAAAAAACUGGCUGGAUUUUGAGUUUGCUCGUUUUAGUUGUCCAUGUUGUUGGCUCACUUUGCAUUUCAUUUCUGUUUAGAUAUUUUAUUAUUAAAAAAAAAAAUUAAGAGGCGUUAAUCAAAGAUAACUAAAGACAAUCUAAUCUGUUCAAUUAGCAGCAGUUUACUAAUGGAGAAGGCGGCUGAAUCUAAAACCUGCAGCCCCCUUAGAGCCGAGUUUGACACUUUUGGGCGCUAAUUUAGACAGCGCAGACCGAUGGACAAAAUAACCACAGGGAAAGAAAACCUAUUACAGUAAGUUUAGGAAGGAUAACGAUAAGUAAUCAGAAAGAUGGACAACUGGACAUCGGUACAGUAAUGGGAGGAUCAGACAAGUGAAUCGCACCAGAUGACGGCUGUGCAUGUGAUACUUUGUGUCUCCAAAGUUUUAGAAUAAUGAUAACGUUUGCUUUUUCAUUUUAUACAUGUACAGGAACAUAUCCGUUCACUAAUGCUAUAGUAAGUAGAAAUACAAACCACUAUGAUAAAUAAAUAAUAACGGACUGACAGUCUACUAUAAAGGACAAUCAAACGGGAAGACCACCUGACAGACGUAACGUAAAAGACAAAUCGUGAGCACACUGACCUCGUUUAAAAUUAAGGAGGGGGUUCUGGUUUUCAUAUUUUUUUUACAGGCUAUUGAUUAAAGUAAAUAGCGCUGAUGUUUUUUGAAAUGAUGGCAGCUGACCUGCAAGUUUUUAUUGUGUCAACGUGACUUUUUCCACACUCCUAAUAUUAAGUUAGCUUUUUUUUUUUUUUCCUUUGGGUGUCACUUUUUUAACUUUAACAUUUUAUUUGGUUUUGGCAAUCCCGUCAUCAGAUAAUUAUUAUUAUUUUUAAACAGUGUUACUGUUCAAAUUUAUUGUUCAAAAAGUGGACACCAUUAUAAUACACUAGGGCUCAACUUUAAGAUUAGGCACCUAAUCUAAAAUUUUAAAAUUAGGGACCCUGGUGUACCUGGCCUUACCUCUACGAACCUUAAGUUUAGGGUUUGUAGUAAGGGCUUUUGUUGUCCGCUCUGUGAACAAGACCCCAAAUUUAUAGUGAUCAGUUUUACAUCUUUGACAAAUGUAUUGCUAAUAGACUGUGAAGUUUAUUUUGGACGUUGCACAGCGCUGAGCGUUCACUUUUCCUGCUAUCCUCGUGUCAAACUGCGCAUGUCAUUUAAAAAUGUUAAUCCAUUUCAUUUACCGCAGCAUUUUAUCUGCAUGCUCCUGUGAACACUCGUUUUUGUGAUUCUCUGUUACAUCAGCGAUAACGAAUGAAUUUAGGAACAUUUGUGUUUGAUUUACAAAAGGUUUACUAGAAUAAUUAUUACUGGAUACAAUCUUCUUAACGGACUGAUCAUACAAGGUGCUGCCCCCCCCCCAAAAAGCAAAUUUAGGCAACUUAUUUGGUGAAUGCCUUUACAGUAUAUUUAAAUUUGGGUGACACUUUUAUCCAAAGUAACUUAGAGAUAUUUUAGAUACAAUCGGUUACAUUUGUUUUUUUUUCCGUUUGGAGGACAGGUGGGUGAAGCGACUUGCUCAGGGUCACACAGAGCCAGUGGUAGGAUCUGAACAUCCACAGCUUUAAAGUUUGAAGUCCAAAGCCUUAACCACUGCACUACCCUGCCUGCCUUUUCCCAGGGAAAUGUACAAUAUCUGGAAUAGAACUGGUUGCACUCAAGUCUUUUUUUUUUUUUUUUUGCAUUCUGAGCAUGCGCAGGUGUUAGUGACUUGCUGCUGGUCACACAGUGUCAGUAGAAGGAUUUGAACCCACAACCUCAGGGUUGUCCAAAGCUUUAACCACUACAACCACCUGUCAGCAUUAAAAAAAGUCUGUCAUAUAUGGCUGCGUUAGACACACACGGUUAUUUUGAAAAGUUAAGAAAUGAGUAAAUGCACCCUAUAUAUUAUCCGAUUUUAUUUUUAAAUAAAUGAGCCAAUGCGUCCAGUGUUUGUGGUCA